CAUUCAAAAAGGAAACACACAACAACACCAUGGUAGAUUCUUCGUCGUCGACGUCUUCUUCUCUCGCAGCAAGUAUGACGGCCAUGGGGCUUUUCGUCGUCACGGCGGCUGUCUCUCAGUGGAUUCAGAACCAUCACGAGAGAAAACGGGAGAAUCGCGAACKAACAAUGCCCGGUAGGCGGCGAUUUGGAAAAGACACGAGCCGAAACAGAAGCACGAGUACUGCUUUUAGCCAAGCCAUCGACAGCGAUACCGACUAUCACGAUUUCUACACCGCMUCCGAACUCGACGAGCGGGAAAGAAUACAAAUUCUACGGCGCAGGGCUUUCCAACGGAGGAGGCUCUCGCGGCGAUUGAGUUUCAGCUAUCAAUUCGAAAGCGGCAGCUCCGAUGACAGCACCCACAAAAACAAAAACGGCAACGAGGAACAACAGCAACAACAAACGCGGCGGCAACGCCAAGACGAGGUGGAAGACGACGACAGCUUUUUUGGGAACAUCACGUCUUCGCAUGGCAGCCGGGUGAGACAACGGCCGCCUGCUCCUCCGACGGAAUGGUCUCUUUCGCCGCACCAUCCCAAGAGAAAGCCUUUUGGUGAGCAUCCGGUGGCAUCCCUGCCGCUGGGUUCGAACGGCACCGGAAAUCCACCCAGCAGCUACCAGCGAUGGCCGCCGAUGGGACCAUCGCAGGAGAGCAACCCUGUCACCGUUACCACGCGGCUCGUGGCCAUCAACGAUCGAUACCACGACUUUCACCCGAAGUACCAAAACUGGCGCCAUUUCGAGCAUUGCAACGAACGAGAUCGGGCCCUGCAGCGACAAAAGGAGCUCGCGGCAAACCAACAAAUAGAAGUAGAARCAAGAAUAGAAAAACAGACACAUCACGAAGAAAUUCCCAGUAACCACUCGCAACAAGAAGCUGGCGAAGUCGCAGCUGAAUCAGGAGGAUCGCCAAGCGCCGACACUUCYUCCACGACGUCCACAGCAACUCCCAACCGACKGUCCUCUUCCGCARCAAUAGAGAACACAAGCGAUCAAGAAUCCGUAUCAACCUUUGGYAACGACAAAAAUAUCGACAACAAAGUUAGUGACAAGGUGYUUCAUCCCAGAGGAAACGAAUACGUCUGGACAAAUGGUGGUCACGCAUCCAAGUAUAAUCGCCAGAUGUCGUCCAAGUCCGACUGUCGUUUCGUGAGUGGCACGGAUGAUUCCGAGUCAUCGUCCUCUCCAAAAUGGGACGAACACCAAGAUAAGUGGGCUUCGCUUUCGACAAUACGAACAAAGAAUAUUCGCAGCAAUCAGGAGGAGCAAAGUCAAAUCGGAAAGUUUGAGCGGUUCUACCGCAUGCUGUCGAGCAGCAUUAUUGAAGAUGACGAUGUACCCACCGCACAAAAGACGCAAGGGAACCAAUCUCGAGAUUUUUUCGGGGAGCCACCACUCCGCCUGUCGUCCCACGUUCGUGCCCACUCCCGUGCUUCGUCUACUACCGCGGCGGCUAGUGACUACGACGGUGCUGUGUUCGGAGAAGACAUCGAAGACCGCCACCGGGCACUUCGAACAGAAUACAACGCCCAAAUCAUGCCCGAGAAGCUGGUAUUGAUCCGCCACGGUCAAUCCCUGGGAAACGUCGACGAAACRGCCUACGCCACCACAUCGGACAACGCUAUGCCGAUCACGGACCUGGGCUGGGAACAGGCCAAAAAGGCCGGAACGAUACUCAAGGACAAGAUUUUGAACCCGGGCGAAUCCGUCCACUUUAUGGUCAGUCCGUACGUGAGAACUGUCGAGACCUUCCACGGAAUUGUCAGUGCCUGGUGUGAUCCCGAUGGCCCCGAGUUUGCCGACAUCCAAGACCACAACCGCAAGGYCAACGCAUGGUACGAGCGAUUGACGGAACUGGGCCUAACCUGGAACGAGGAUCCACGGAUCCGUGAACAAGACUUUGGAAACUACCAGAACCCAGAAGCUACCAGGAAGGCAAAGGAGGAACGUUUUCGGUUUGGUACGUUUUAUUACCGCUUCAACAAUGGAGAAUCUGGAUCGGACGUCUUCGACCGGGUUUCGACCUUUCUGGACAGCCUCUGGCGAUCCUUCGAAACGAACAAGUCACAGAACUAUGUGCUGGUAACCCACGGAAUCGUGUUGAGGGUGUUGAUGGCACGGUACUUUCGCUACACAAUCAGCCAGCUGAACAUGCUGGCAAACCCGCGCAACUGCGAAAUGGUAGUUCUCGGGCACGCGGGAGAUGGCCGGUUGGAUUUGGAGGGUCGCUGCGCCCUCGAGAUGGAAAAAGACCCCGAUACCCAGCAAUCGCACGUGAAGGGCUACCAGUUCCACAGACGCCUCCGGAUCCUGCCCAAGAGCCACAUCCGGACGGUCGAGUUUCGAAUAUCACCCAUGGACAAAAAGAAGACCAAGAAGUCCAAGCAAGAACCACCACUCGCCGGAAGUAGCACAAAGUAAAAGCGUCUAGAGACAAAAUCGAGUCGUAGCGUGGGUCUUGUUUGCUUCAAACAACCGGGUGGUUGUAUCAGUGCGAACAAUUGGACUAGAAAGGCACGAAAACAUGCUAAGACUUGUUGUAAAUUACCAAGAUGGCAAAACAACCAUACGUACAGCAUCAAUUUAUUUUACAAAAUGAGCAACAAGAUGCCCAAGGAAGUCGCCUUGCGCGGCCUUCUCACAAAAACCUGUUUCAUAAAAUUUCAAAUUUUCC